UGUGUGUAGGUGUGAGAUCACUGAACUCUGAAUACAUGUUUGCUCAGUAAUCUCUGGCUCAACCUGUCUGAUAGGUGUGUGCUAGCUGGCAGCGACUUGCACAGGUAUGAAGACAAAUCCAGCUCAGUCCUGAGAGAGGAGGGAAACUCCAGCACUUCUCUGACCGACACGCUGAUUUCUCACAAAAAUAAGGAGGAAAACUCUCACACACACGGACAGACAGGACACCCUGGGACACCCUGGGGACGAGGAUGGGCGAAAGAACAGGACAAAGACGGAGAGGAGAAAACAUCAGAAUGUGAAAGAACCUGGAGGAGAUUCUUAUGCUGCGGUUCGACCAAUGGGUCUGGGAUUCUAAUGUGGCAUUUUAAGCUCUGGGAUAUUCAAGAUGUUGCUGUGCUUAUCAGCAUCACAUUAUAUAUGUGUCACCUAGCCGGGGCCAUCUCCAUCCAUUCCCCCCAGAGGAGCCUCACCAGGUCAGUGCAGGAGGACGUGUUUUUCUCAGUGGACGUUACCUGCAUCGGGAUCCCCACCAUACAAUGGACCUUUAUGUCAGGAGCGGUGAGCCGCACCAUAGGGGCUUGGCAGCCGGGGGGGUACACCAACAUAACCGUGGACUACAGCAGCAGAGUGCAGCCCUACAGCAACGGCUCUAUGGGCCUGUCGGACCUGCGGCUGCAGGAUGCUGGAUUCUACGUGGUCACCGUCACAGAAAUAACAGGAAGCAGCAAGGACGCUGGCUUUGUCCUGAAAGUGAACGAGGUGCUGUAUGAGGAUCUUCAGUACCUGUCUGUCUCUGCCUUAGCACUGGGCUGCUUGGCUGGCCUGCUCAUGCUGGCCAUUUGGCUACUAGACAAGGUUUACAGGAAGAUAGUGGCGUGGAGACGCAGGAAACAGAUGCCAGAAAACGAUGCAACAGAGCUGCAGCCGCUUUGAUGGACGUCCAGGUGCGACUUGGAUGCGCAACAUGAGAACCACCACAGACUGUUGGUCACACCUGUCAGUGCUGCAAAAAGGACUGCUUAUAACAUUCAGGUGUUGAAUGUAAAAUGUAAAAGAACAUUUAGCUCAACCAGGAGGACGGCUCGUCAGCUAUGAAAAUCUGUCCUACGUUUACAUUUUGUUUUAAAUACACACACGUUACAUCUCGCUGCUGAUGACACUGGAUUGAAUGUAAAUAUAUCAUGACACUGGAAAACAAUACAUACUGUAUUUAUUGCCUUAGAAAAUGAAUUGUUAUCUUCUUUUACGUCACUCAACACACUCACUUUAAACUUGCAUCAGGUGUUGGAAAAACCUGGAAAAACUGAUGAAUCAGAUGAAGUGAUGAGGAAAAAGAGACUGCAGGAACACAUUGUUUCUGUACCAGAAGUCCCCAGAAAACAUCCAAUUCAUAGCUUCAUUCUUAUAUUACAAAUCAGCACAAAUACAGACACCCUCUGCUCUUUACUUCAGAUCAAAUUACUUGAGGUAUGAAUACACUCCACACCUUACAUGAUCAAAACCAGAGCAGCUCACAGACACUACUGGAGGUGGAGAGGAGUUUAUGGAAGUGUUCAAAAAGUCCAUGAAAAAAAAAAAAACAGUUUGGGAAGAAAAAGUCACAUUUUUGAUGAACAGACUUCCAUCAUGGCUGCAAAAACUGUUGUUUUCGUGCUGCCAUCUGUUUAAGUUUUGGGACACACGUGGCUGGAAAUCUCGGGAUGUGAAGCCUGGCUGUGCGUAUGGGAGUGGAGGGGGGCUGUCUCUAAGGACAGGGAGUCAGAGCAGCCAUGAGGAGCUCCAUCUUGUAGACAAAGUUUCGUCCCUCCAUCUUGCUCCAGUGGACCUCUUUGCUUGGCCCUCUGAGGUGGCUCCACUUGGCCUCCUGGAUGACGUCGCUCUUCGGCAGCUCUUUGGUCUGGCUGCGGGGGAACUGGACCAAAACUUUGCAGCCGCUCUCUGGACCGUUACGCACUGAACAGACAAACAGAUGCACAGAGACACACACUGCUCAUGUUAACACAUCCACUCUUGAUUCUUGGUAAUUUGAGGUUAUGAGGAUACUCAGUAUUACUUUAUCAUUGACUGCCUCAGGAUACGUUUAUGCUGCUAGAUAACAUCCAUUUAUGAUGUCGGUAGGAUGCAUUCCAGCAGUUACUUUGUGAUGAAGUGCUGUGAUUUGUUAAUGAUUCCCCAGCUUGCAUCAACAUGCCUCUUUGUUCGUGAAUGAUUUCCUACUUCUCUCAAAUUUUCACAACCACCAGAGGCUGGGUGUGGCCUGGUUGCAUUAAGCUCUACGCGUUGGCACAAAGGCCGACAGCAGCACGGGUAUUUAGGAAAACUAAGCCCAUUAACUCAAAAUACAACAGGUCUUAUCUCUGCUGCACUGCAUUCUGGUCAAUCAGGGAUAAAGUUGGUAAGAAAAACUGUAUUAUUUCCACUUCUCAUGUAUUUCUCCCCCUGUGAAUGCUGAAUUUCACACUGAAGAAGUCCCUGCUUGAUUCUGAGAUACUGACAAAAAAGCAUCAUGAAGCUUAGAUCAACAUUAUUUAGCUGCUGAGCUCGGGAGUUGCACUGGAAAUCUGGCAAUUAAUUUCAUGGAAAAAUACAACAUAAUAACAACAAUAAAGCUUCACAAGUGGCUGAU